AUGGCGGCACUAGGACAAAAAAGCCAUUUCCGGCAGCUUCAAAAAUUCAAACCCGACUACUCGGUCAACGAGUUCACACAAUAUGAAUCCCAAAAAACGGGAAUGAGGGUGGUGACCAUUGACCACAAAGGUCCUAAGGUAGCUGGAUAUUUCGUUCUCGCAACCGAGAUUCAUGAUGAUUCGGGCUCUCCGCAUACGUUAGAGCAUCUGUGUUUUAUGGGCUCUCGAAACUACCGCUACAAAGGCUUCCUUGAUAAACUGGCUACAAGAUUAUAUUCCAAUACCAAUGCUUGGACUGCUACAGAUCACACUGCUUAUACACUUGACACGGCCGGAUGGGCUGGGUUUUCCGAUAUCCUUCCCAUUUACCUUGAACAUGUCAUUGCUCCGACACUGACCGAUGCUGGAUGCUACACAGAAGUGCAUCAUAUUGAUGGGGCAGGAAAUGAUGCAGGUGUCGUGUAUUCGGAAAUGCAAGCCAUACAAAAUAAUCAAGGGGAGUUAAUCGACCUUCAAGCUCGACGCUUGAUCUAUCCUGACGGCGUUGGCUUUCGCUAUGAAACUGGUGGUAUGAUGGAACAGCUAAGAUCACUCACAGCUGAUAGGAUACGGGAGUUUCAUCGCGAGAUGUAUCAACCUAAAAAUCUUUGUUUAAUAAUCACAGGAGAGGUUGACCACGAUGAUUUGUUGAAGAAGCUGGAUGCGUUUGAGGACACAAUUCUGGAUAUCAUUCCCCGACCGGAUGCCCCAUUCAAGCGUCCUUGGGUCGAGUCAAAAAGGACGCCGCCCAUAAAAGAAUCAAUUGUGAAAGAAGUAGAGUUUCCAGAGGAGGACGAAUCAUCUGGAGAGAUUGAAAUCAGAUUUUUGGGACCAGAUUGCACAGACUCAAUUCAAGGUGGCGCGCUGAACGUGGUGCUUUUGUAUCUGGCUGGCUCGUCAGCUACGAUUCUCGAAAACACGCUGGUCGAGAAGGAACAGGUUGCAAGUGCAGUCUACUUUUCAACGGAAGACCGGCCUGAUAUUGAGAUCAAAUUCACUCUAACCAGCGUAGCAACUGCGAAACUCAAACAAGUUGAAAGAAGAUUUUUCGAGAUCUUACAUGAAGCGAUGGAGCGACCUUUAGAUAUGAAGUACAUGUCUGAAUGUAUCCAACGUCAGAAACGUAGCUGGAAGUUCGCUACGGAAGGAUCUGCGAUAUCAUUUGCCGAAUACGUUAUAUCGGACUUCUUGUACGGUAAGAAGGAUGGGUCAACAUUGUUAGACAUUGCUAGUCUGAAAGAGUACGACGCGUUGGAAAAAUGGACUGAAGAGCAGUGGAAGGCGUUUAUCAGAAAAUGGAUAGCUGACGCCAACCAUGUGUCCAUCUUGGGUAUCCCGUCAGCGAAGCUUGCCAAAAAGCUAAAGGCCGAUGAAAAAGCAAGACUGGCAGCACGACGAAAAGAGCUUGGUGAAAAGGGGCUCAAGACACUCCAAGAAAAACUAGAGUCUGCGAUGGCCGAAAACGAUAAACCGAUUCCAAAGGAGUUGCUGAAUCGUUUCAAAGUCCCAGCAACGGAUUCGAUUCACUUUGUCACGACAACUACAGCGAAGUCUGGAUCUGCACUUAAAUCUGGCCGGCCAGAUAAUGAGCUACAAUCGCUCGUCGACGCUGAUAAACUGGAUUCUCCUCUUUUCAUCCACUUCGAACAUAUUGAAAGCAACUUCGUUCAAUUAUCCCUUCUCAUUUCUGCUGAGACGGUACCUGUCCAACUUCGUCCGUUGUUGGUAGUAUAUACAGAUGCGUACUUCAACAGCCCCAUCAAGCGAAAUGGAGAGACGAUCUCCUUUGAGCAAGUCAUCGUUGAGCUUGAAAGAGAUACGGUUGGAUAUUCCAUGGAAGGUGCACGAGAUUUGGGCAAUUCGGAAAUGCUUCGAGUUAUCUUCCAAGUUGAGGUGGAAAAAUAUGCCACUGCAAUUGCGUGGUUAAAGGAACUGACGUGGAACUCCAUAUUUGAUGUGGAAAGACUGAAAGCUAUUACGACGAGACUACUCGCCGACGUCCCAGACGCGAAGCGCAGCGGUGAUGAUAUGCUAGCUGCCGUGUUUUUCAUGACUCAUUUUGCACCGGAAUCUAUUGUUCGAGCACGCAGUACGCUGGUGAAAGCUCGCUACUUGAAGCGCAUCAAGAGACUGUUAGAAACUCAACCCGAGGUUGUCAUUUCACAGAUGGAGGAGCUUCGAAAUCGCAUGUUCCAAUUUUCCAAUUUUAGAGUCCUUGUCAUUGCCGACCUAAAGAGAUUGCAUGCACCCGUUUCUUCAUGGAAACAUUUCGUUGAGGGCCUCGAUACCAAGAAGGAUCUCCGACCGAUCACAAACCGGAGAGCUCUACUUAGUGAAGCCGGGAAAAAUCUAGGCAACCUAUCCUAUGUGGUUCCUAUGUCUACGAUCGAUUCUUCAUUUGCUUACGCUACUGCUAAAGGACUUGACUCGUACGAUCAUCCAAAACUGCCAGCAUUACUGGUAGCUAUUGCAUAUAUGAAUUCUGUCGAAGGUCCACUUUGGGUAGCUGUUCGUGGAACAGGGCUUGCCUACGGCACCAACUUUGGUUAUAAUAUCGAUCUUGGGACAGUCAACUUUGAUGUCUAUCGGUCUCCGAAUGCCUACAAGGCGUUUGAUUCCAGCAAGAAGAUCGUUGAAGAAUAUCUCAACGACAUCGUCGAGUUUGACCCCCUGAUGUUGGAAGGCGCAAUCAGUAGUAUCGUGGUUAGUUUUGCAAAUGAGCAGGCAACUAUGAUCAGCGCUGCUUCAGGAAGUUUUAUCCGCCAGGUGGUUCGCCUUCUGCCCAGCGACUACAAGGAGAAAAUCUUGAAGAAAGUCAGAGAGAUUUCCGUCGAUGAUAUCAAACUGGCUCUCAAAGAUCACAUCCUACCCCUUUUCAAGCCGGAAACCUCGAACCUUGUUGUCACAUGUGCUCCAGUGCUGGAAGACACAAUUAAAACCGGAUUCGAGUCCGCAGGCUUCAAUCCCACAGUGAAACCUUUGAAGGAUUUCGAGGACGACUAUGGCCUCAAGGUUGAUGGAGAUGAUGACAAUGACAAUGAUGACGAAGAAGAAGAGGACGAAGAUGAAGACUCUGAAGACUCUGAAGACGACGACGACGAUGAUGAUGAUGAUGAUGAUGAAAAAGAAAAAUGAUUGAAGAAUCCACGAUACGUUGGUAGACGUGUACUUACGACCUACAAUAAUCAAUAGACAAGAAUACAUGGUUAGGAUCAGCA